AUGAAAUUCAAGAAACUGUUUAAGAAAAAGGACAAAGAUAGCACAGAACAUGCUAACGCAAAUACUCAGCCUACACAGCCACCACCAGAAGGAUACGUUACAAUGGAUGGCAGUUCUCUUUAUAAUAUGCCUGCUGCUGAUUUGGUUGAAAUCAUCUAUAAAUAUGAUGCUGAGGUAAAACAUUUAAACCAGCAAAUUUCAACAGAUUCUGAGCAGCUGUCGCAAUUUAAUAAAGAUUUUCCAAUUCUGCAAGAAAAAUUUCAGUAUUUUAGUAAACAUUCAGAAGAGCUUCAGAAUGAGUUGGACAGAGUUGAAGAGGAAUUGAAAGACACACAAGCUUCACUUGAGAGCAGAAAAGCUGAAUUAGACCUUGCUAAGAGCCAAUUAGCAUCAAAAUCAGAGCUUGUAGCAAAUUACAGACAGCAAGUAGAAGAUCUUCGAGCUCAAAUAACUGAACUUGAGACAGAAAAUCUCAUUAUUCCACAAAGUGCAGGAAGCUGCUGUGCUGAUAGAGAGGCUGAAAUAAUUAAACUUCAUUCUGAUAUCGCUAAAUUGAAGACAAGCUUAGCUGAAUCUAAUAAAGUAAGCCAAGAAGUCCAGGAAUUAAGGAUUACUAAUAAAUCACUAGAAUCAGAAAUAGCUAAAAUGUCGAUCCAGCAUGAAGUUGGCAAUGCUCAGAUAAAAAAUUUGAAUGAAAAAAUUGUAUUAAUAGAAAAACAAAAACAAGAAAUUGAAAAAGAAUGCUCAAAGCGUCAAAGUAGCUUAGAAUCAAUGGAAAAAGAAUUAUCGAAAUUACUGUUCCAAAAAGAAUCAAUGGAGACUGAAAUUCUUGCAUUAAGAGAAAGCCAGCAUUUAAAAGAAACAAAAUAUCUAAAAAAACAAAAUAAAAUAAAAAAAUUGAAUGGAGAUAUAUUAGAAAAAUCAAAUCAGAUUUGUAAAUUAAAGCAGGAAUUAGAGGGCAUAAAAGAUAAAAAUCAAUUAGAAAUGCUUCAAAUUAUUGAAAAUUGUAAAAAAGAAACUGAAAGGAUAGAAAGACAGUAUGAAGAAAAAAUAAGAGAGUUAGAAAGCACGAUAGCUAAUUGUAAAAAUGAGGAAAAUAGAGGAAAUGAAAACAAUUUAGAAAAAUUAACCAUAGUUGAGCAGCAAAAUAAAGAAUAUGCCCAAAAAAUACGAGAUUUAAAUGAAUAUCUAAAAGAGCAGUCUAUCAAGAUUUCAGAAUUAGAAAAAGAAAAUAAAAAUUUAUCAGAAAGCUAUAAAAAAUCACAGCAUAAAAGAGAAUUGGCAAGGCAAGAACUUACAAAAUUAUCUCAAAAGCUGGAACAUAAGACUCCAGAAAUAUCUCUCCCAUCUUCACAAAAAACCGAAAAUUUCGAUUUUAAAUUGAAUAUUUCUGAAAUGUCAAAAUAUGAACGAAAAGCUUUAUCUCUUUUUAGGCUUGAGCUCGAAUCCUUAUAUAAAAUGUUGAUGAAAAUAAUGAUGGGCUCAAAUACAACUAAGAAGAAUGGAAUUUGAGGGUGUAGGUCCAAUGAUAGUGUGCAUUUCACCAAAGUGCUUUUGGUCGAAAAUUGGUUGGAACUUUUUGAUAGUGGCCCAAAUCGCUAAAUUUCGACCAAAUAUUAUACUAUUUAAAAAUUUUAGGUCAAAUGUAUUUCGAUGAAAUGUACACUAUCAAAAAUCCACUGUCAUUUGACAUGGAGCCGGAAUUUGUAUAUAUAACAUUAAAAGUGAUGAUUUUUCAGCAGUGGAAAAAAGGCUAAACAAUAUUGUCAUGCAGGUUCAUGAAGCUUUAGAUACCCCUGAAACUGAUAGCCAAGCAUUUCCAAUUGAAAAUACAAACUCAUGGUCAACAAAGCUCUCACAUGCAGUUUCUGCUGUAAGGCACGGCAUGAUGACUGAAAGAGGUCCUGUAAAAUUAUUUUCUUGUAUGUCUUCACAAGAAGAAUUUAAAGGAAACAUGAUCCCAAAAUCUCCACAAGGAAAAAGAUUGAUGAGUAACACAGGCGGUGAACGAGAAGCUGCCCUUACAUUAUCAGAGCCACAUAGAAAUAGCCGAAGACGACUAACUGGAGUUUAA